GUCAAUUGAGCAACACAUUUGUAGAGCGACUAGAACAUUAAAAUUACACACACUUGAAAAAACUUCGAAGCGUUCGCGCGCUGAUAAGCAAAACAAAAACUAAGUAGCUGCUUCGGGAUUGUCGAAAUAAAAAUAUUAAACGUACUCAAGACUCGGCACAAACAACACUUGGCGCUCGAAGUGUGCACGUCGCCUCUGUUUUUUCGUAUAAUAAUCAAUGUGCUUUUAGAUCGGUAUUUUCAGUGUACAUAAAAAUCUGCAUAUAUAUAUAUAUAUAUGCAUAAUUUGUGAUUCUUGUUUAGGACAAUAUCUAGUAUAAAGGAAAAUUCUACAAAAAAUUCAAUAAUGAGUGACAAAUUAGUGAACGGUACUUGCAACGGCAACGGCGAUGCCAGCAACAAGAAAUGCAACGGUACAAGAAAGGAAGUACGCGUAUGGUGCGAUGGCUGCUACGACAUGGUGCACUUUGGGCAUGCCAAUUCACUGCGACAAGCCAAAGCACUUGGCGAUAAAGUAAUUGUGGGCAUACAUACCGAUGAGGAGAUCACCAAACAUAAGGGACCACCCGUCUUUACCGAGGAGGAGCGCGUCAAGAUGGUCAAAGGCAUUAAAUGGGUGGACGAGGUGGUUCUUGGUGCGCCCUACGUGACCACCCUAGAAGUUCUCGAUCAAAAUAAUUGUGAUUUUUGCGUGCAUGGCGAUGACAUAACAAUGACCGCUGAGGGUGUGGAUACCUAUCAUCUGGUGAAGUCGGCUAACCGUUACAAGGAAGUCAAGCGCACCGCCGGAGUUUCAACCACAGAUCUCGUGGGACGCAUGUUGCUGCUUACGCGCAACCACUUCCGUCAGGGCUCCGCCGAAUAUGACAUUGAGAAAGAAGAAAAACUUUUAAAAAUUCAACAACUGCAAUCCCGUUUAGGUUCAUCGAAUAUGGGUCAGGAUUCUACAGCGAAGAGCCCCUGGACCGGUUGCAGCCAGUUUUUGCCCACAACCCAGAAAAUAAUACAGUUCAGCGAUGGCAAAUCGCCAAAUCCAGGCGAUAAGAUUGUGUAUGUGGCCGGUGCUUUUGAUCUCUUCCACGUGGGUCAUUUGGAUUUCCUGGAAAAGGCUAGCAAAUUGGGCGACUAUUUGAUUGUGGGCCUGCACACAGAUCCCGUUGUUAACUCCUAUAAGGGUAGCAACUAUCCCAUUAUGAAUCUGCACGAGCGUGUGCUUAGCGUAUUGGCCUGCAAGUUUGUCAACGAGGUAGUCAUUGGAGCACCCUACUGUGUCACAGAAGAGCUGCUGGAUCAUUUCAAGAUUGAUGUUGUCUGCCACGGACGCACGCCAAUCUCACUGGAGGAUGGCAAAAUUGAUCCGUAUGCUGUGCCCAAGACGCGAGCCAUAUUUGAGCUACUCGACUCUGGUAACGACAUGACCACAGAGCGCAUUGUUGAGCGCAUCAUAUCGCAUCGACUGGAAUACGAGCGUCGAAAUCAAGCCAAAGAAAAGAAGGAAAUUGAAGCGUUCGAGGCACUCCAGCGACAAAAGCAAACGCAAAAGGCGGGCUAGUUUCCGUUUUUUAAUCAAUAGACAAUGUUUUUAGUUGCAACUUUUUGUUUAGAAUGUUUCGUUUUAUCGUUGUGGAUUCUUUUGAAUAUCGUUAUGUUUUGUGUUGUGUUAAGCAAUUGAAAUUGCUGCGGGCCGAAUAUUGCAUGCCCCUCCAUACACACACACACACACACAC